AUGGUAGACACUUUCACCCACGGAAGCACACCUGCUGGACACGGGCUCUCUCUGGAUUAUUACACUCCCUAGGGAUACCACAGGAAAACAUGAAGCUUUUGUUGCUGCUAGUUCUUAUCUUAGCGACUCUAGUUCUGGUAUGCAGUGGUGCCGAGAAUGCUACGAAGCCCGCACGGAAGACUCUUCGUACUGUUAAGGCUCUCAAAAAGAAGGCAUUCAAAGCACGAAAGAAGGUCGCCGAACAGGACAAAGCUGAAUCAUAUCACUUGCCCAUCAUUGUAUCGGCUCCAGAGGUCCCUGUCAGCCUGGAGUUGCACGAUGAUGACCGGUAUAUCAAAUCAGCCGCCGAUGUCCAUCCCAUCAAUCCCAUCCGCUUGGUACCAGUGGGUGGUCAGUAUCAUCCUUCACAGCACCAAGAACAACCCCAUGAUCCAGUUUAUCAUGGACCAGUCUCUGUACCAGCUGAUUAUCCUUACGGAAGUUCACAGGUGAGUGGUAAUGCGAUUUCUUCUGAGGAAUAUUAUCCUCCUGGUGAUCUCUCCGCUAUUCCUGGUGCACCAGGAGUUGACUAUCCUACCUACUCAUACCUUCCCACCACAGGAUUCAAAUGCCUCGAGCAUACGUCAACACCCGGAUUCUACGCAGAUGUGGAGGCUAAAUGCCAGAUGUGGCAUUACUGCCAACCCGAUGGUCGUCACGAUCGCUUUUUAUGUCCUAAUGGUACCAUCUUCGAUCAGAUAACUCGCGUCUGCAAUUGGUGGUUCAACGUGCUUUGCGACGAUUCCCUUUCGCAUUACGACAUUAACUUCGAUUUGUACCGUGAACCAGUGAAAACAGCAGUCGAUUUGUACCGGGAACCAGUGAAAACAACAGUCUCCCAAUCCCUGGAUGCCCCUUACCAUCAUUUAUCAUCUCAACCGGAAACUACUAUCUCCGCUCCUAACAGUUUCUUGAGGCACGUUCAAGAUUUCGAGGCCGGACUCAGGCGAGAGGCCCAGCCCGUCCAUAAGUAUCCAGAACAUAUGGCACCAGCCCCUUUCGUAAGGCAUGACGCCAUUGAUUACGAUUCCAGCAAUGCCCAUUCUCUGUCUGCACCUAUCGAAAAAUUGAAGUUGAAGCUGGAAGACAAUGAUUAUCAUGUGCCUCUCAAAAAGAAAAGGAUUUCCAGAAGGAAACUAAGGAAACACCCUAGGAUUCACAAAGAAGACGAUGAUAUUCCCACCUACAGGGAAGGAAAGGCAACUCCUGCAGCCAGGAGGUACCGUGUUGUCAGGAGACGUAAGCUGACCAAGGCAUAAGGAAUAAUAAAUUUGUGGAGGACAACUAUGGAACUGAUAUUGGCUGUUACUUGUUUCAAAUAUAAGGACGCUUGCUUGCUCUCAUUGUACAUAUGCUACCAAAGAACAUUUAGGAGUGGAAUUUUGUGCGACCAGUUAAUCUUGCAGUUUCUUGAAUAAGAUUUUUUUUUCAAAAAAAAAAAUACAGUCUUCGGAAACUGCAAAAUUAAUAUUUUGCAAGCAUGAGAACUAAUUUAUAUGCAGUUAUUGGCAAAUGCAAUGCCAUAUAAUGCAGCUCAAUAGAAGGGUAUAAAUGUUUGAAAAUAUUUUUUAUGAAGAGCGUUUUUUUUUUUAAAGAUAACUGCUUGA